AUUUCACUCAACAGCAGACGCAAACUGAAACGUACUCCACCACAGACACUCCAAGCUUGGACUGUAAAUAUUACGGCUGUAAGUCGUCUAUCUUAAUCUUUAUUUUUGUUCUUGUACUUAUCUAGUUUCGCUAGGCGUCAUAAAAUACGAAUUAUGAUAAUGGAUGCCCUAGAAGAUGACAUUUUAGAUUUUAAAGACGACCAAAACCACAACUAUUGUGCAAACAUCAGCGGCAGAACCCGCACUACAAGAAGCCAGGGGACGGAUUCAACGGAUGCCCAAGCGCCCGGCAGUCUGUCGGUGCCAGGUGAAACCCCGGGGUGUAAGCGAGGGACUUUGUCUGACAGUAAAGGACUGACAAAGUUUACAGACUCGGAUAGAGACUGUGCUAGCAGUAAAGUCAGAGAGACUGCUAACAUGGCUCCGCCUUCUACUGUCGAUGGAAAACGUACUAUCGACUCUCCUUCCAAAUUCCUUCUGAAUGCAAUGGCUGUAGAAGACUACCGGAAAAACCACUGGCCAAACCUCGAAAAGGCAAUUGAUCGUCUGUUGCUUUACAAUCCAACAGACCACAUCUCUGUUUCUUAUGCUCAGAUAUAUAGUUACGUCUACAGGUGUGUUUGUCAGCAGCACUCAGAGCUGCUCUACAAUGAUUUGAUAAUGAAAAUAACAAGCCAUCUGCAACAGGUGUCAAUCCAUCUAGAAGCUAGCCCACCAGGGAAUGUCAUCGAGAACUUUAACGAUGCUCUAACCCAAUACACAGCCUCUCUACAAUGUAUUGUUCCUGUAUUCAUGUACUUGAACAAGUUCUACAUCGAAUCAAAACUCAACAGCGACCUAAGAAAGGAUCUGAUGAAGUUGUUUGCUGAUCAAGUUGCAGAAAAGCAUGUGAACACACUGAUGUCUCUUCUCAUCAAAGCUCAUUCGAUGCCUUUUCAAGUACAGCCAUCUACAAUGGCCAGCGUGGUUAAAGGCCUCUACAGCCUACAACCAGAGUGGGCAAAGUUAGCCCCAGCUCUCUUCUCUGGGUUUAUUCCCCAAAUCAACCCACCAACUGAGGAGUCUCUGCUGUCUGACUAUGCUGCUUAUGACAAGAAGCUGCAGAUGGCGCUGUCAAUGAAUGGAUUUCCCCGAGGUGACCAGUCUCUGAAACGGACCAGUGAUGACUCCUGAUAGCAGAACCACCUUCAAUAGAGUUGUUGAAGAUCUACUACUGUGCCUCCUACAUAUUUAUCACAUGCAAGGUGGCUCAAUGCAAUAGUUGUAAUAUUGACAAUGUAUCAGUGUAACAUCACUUGAAGGGUAAUAAUACUCUGUGAACAACAAGAGAUUAUGAUGACAGUUUUGAGCAGCUUAAUUUACUGCACUAAAAAGAAUCCUCAUAAAUCCAGCUUCAGUAUUUGUGGGAUGCUGCUGGGAUUGUUUUCUUCACUGUCUAAUCUGAAGAGUGCCUUCAGUCUCUAUUCAGAUCAGAGAUCCUUGUGAAGGAUAGGUUACUAUCAGUAAAUCACCCCUAACCUUUCAAAUUGAUUUUCUUUUUAUUGACUGGGCAAAUCAAGGCUUUUUAUUGCUGCUUAUACUACUGUCAAUGUGAAAAAUACAAAUGCCUCAGAUUCACACAUUAUGUCUGUAAUGCAGUGACAACUGCAGUGAGAAAUUAGACUAGGUGCUGUAAACCGCUGACAUCAAGUAUGAUUUUGUUCUUCAUAAUGCCUUUACUUCACCAGGUUUCCUGUUUUCCAAAGAGGAUUUGUAAUACAUGUUUUCUUUUAUGUAUUUAUCUCACUGAGCCAUUUUCAUUGUAUUUAAACUUCAACAUUCUGAGAUUUGGUUGGAACAGUUUGUUCUUCAAGUGGAAUUGAAACUCUUAAAAGCUAAUAUAAUAAGCAUUUAUCUUGCUAAUUUUUAAUGCUGUAUUUAUUUUUUUAACCAGAGCUGUUGAAAGGGUACAUUGCCAUUAGGUAAUGUAUGUAUUGCUAUUGGAAAUUAAUAACUGCAAUAUUAUUAUGAAAUUAAAUCAAAUUAGCUUUUAAACCAUUCAUUCAACUAGGUUAUCUCACAGCUAACAGAUAGGGCUGCAGUCUGCACCAGUAAUAUGACAAUAUCAUGUCACAGUGCAUCAGCCUAUAAUGACCCUUAUUUUAGCAGAAACUCAUAGCAGAGAAAAUGUGGACAAAAAGUCUGUUUGGAUUGGCUUGAACACACAAACACUUAGGAGACUGACGUUCAAGUCCUUAUACCAUUUUUAAAAAUUAUUUUUGGAAAGAAAAGAGCAAAUACAGGGUCAGAGUGUUAUCUUUUAAAAGUGAUACAUCAUCUGUUGAAUAGCCAUGUUUUCUAUACUCCAGCAGUGUUCCUCUUAUUGUUUUUACUCUUUGGUAAGCUCAUUUCUACUUUUUGCUCAUCCUGCUCCAUUAUCAGUAACAAAAAAGUAAAAGAUGGAACGUU